CUUUUUCGAGUUCAGUCGUCUCUAGCUCCUCCGCGAAACUGAAAAGGAUGGAUUUUUCAAUUCGCGUGGCCGUAGAAACCAUUCUGAAAGAAGUCAGCGGCGGCGGUGGCGUUGCCGAAAACGUCAUCGUAUCUCCUGCGUCUCUGGACAUCGUGCUCCGGUCACUGGCUUGCGGAGCCAAAGGCCGAACUCUGGAUCAGAUGCUCGAUUUCCUCGGAGGACAGGGCAUCGACGAUCUCAACUCCAAAGCCGCGGCAACCAUGGAAGUCUUGCGCUUAGCCGCACCUGAAAACAAUCCACCCGUCGCUGCCGAUGUUGAUAACGACGACAACAGCCGGCCGUACAGGAGGCCCAAAUACGACGACGAGGAUGUCCCCGCAAUCGUAUCCUGUGGCAACGGGAUCUGGGUUGAUCGCCGCUUCACUGUCAAGGCUUCUUUCGGGAAGCUCCUUGCCGACAUUUAUCGGGCCGAGUCCAACACUGUUGAUUUUCAAUCCCAGCAGCCAGGGGAAGCGGUGAAAGAAAUCAACGCAUGGGCCGAAAAAUCAACAAAUGGGCGCAUAAACAACGUGUUGAGCCCUCAAGAUAUUGAAAGCACCACGGCGUUAGUACUCACAAACGCACUCUACUUCAAAGCAAUGUGGGAUGAUCGCUUCUUCCCACGCUGCACCAGCAACAACGACUUCUACCUGCUCGACGGGACCACCACCGUCACCGUGCCCUUCAUGAGAACGUGGGAAAGUAUGUUCUACUAUGCAUCCUUGGACGAGUUCAAGGUCCUGGAGCUGAGUUACCAGUCGGGGGAAAGCAAGGGAUCGCCUCGUUUCUCCAUGUACUUUUUCCUCCCGCACAAGGCAGAAGGGCUGCCCGAGAUGCUGAACCAGCCUCUGUUCCGCAGCUCCGAGGCAUUAUCACAAACACUUGGCGGGCUUGAGGUGGUGAGGCUGAAAAAGGUUCGGAUCCCCAAGUGGAAGUUUGCCCGGAGGUUCGAGCCCACGGAGACGAUGGAGAAGCUGGGUUUGACGCUGCCGUUUAAGAUGACGGGGGACUUGGCCGAGAUGCUGGAAGAAGGUGGGGAGUUGCUAUAUGUUUCCAAGGUGAUCCAGAGUGCUUGCAUUGCCGUGGAUGAGGAUGGUACGGAAGCUGCUGCUGUGUCGGCGGUUCUUCCUGGGAUCGGCGCUGCCCGAUAUUCUCCUCCACAGGAGAAGUUCAUUGCGGAUCAUCCCUUCGUGUUCAUGAUCGUGGAGAGUAAGUCUCAGGCUGUGCUUUUCGCUGGGGCUGUGUUCAAUCCCCAGGAUCAGCAGUAGCUAUGACCUUUUGGUGAAGGAUAUAUAGCUUCGUUUUGUUACUUAUUUUGUUGAUUUCAUGUUAUGCUAUUAUUAUUCAUUGUUGUGAUUUGAUUAUAUUAGAAAUAAGUUAAACAAUUAUGGGCGAAAUUCGGAUAGGUCGUAUUAUUAUAAGGAGAGUGUUAGCAUC